AUGCCAGACCUAAACUCUUUACCACCUUCAAGAUCCAUCCAAACCUCAGCUAUGGCAAGAGUACCAACCCCAGUUGAAGCUUCAGCCUUACGGACCCAAACACCAUCACCAUCCUCACGAACUGCCUCAACUUCUCUACAAGCCGCGGCGGCGGUCAAUGCAGGACUCCAGCAUGAAAGCUCAAGACGCUCUUCUAGCAGUUCUGUAAAUCGAAAUCGACAAGCAUCACAUACCGGCAGAAGGCGCUCGACUGUCUUGAUGAAUCUUCAAUUAAACGAUCCUAGUUUACCUCCACCGGGCGAGAUGGUGCAUGAAAGUAAUGUCUCGUCAUUUCGAACAACAAGUCCUCAUUCCUUGGGCGGAUCACCCGUAAUUCACAGUGGGGAUCCACAUCACAAUCGCGCACCAAGUCUGGGAGAGAUACAUCAAGAGUUGGAACAAGAACAAGAAGCGCAAGUCAAUCGCUUGUUACAGAUGAUCAGAACCCAGCAGCAGCAACUACAACAACUCCAAGCUGCAAGUGGACAACCAGAGAGCGCACCUCAGGUUAUCGAUGAUUCGACACCUACUUCAGAACGUUCAUUAUCCUUCUCACAACGUCCCGCAGCCAUACAGUCCGCCACAUCGACCCCUCGAUCGCCAUCAGCCGUAUUACACCCACGCAGCUCUUUCGACUUAACGAGACCAGAUCUCGCGCAUAGCAGAAGAUCUCGAACACCCAGCCGAACUGCAUCCCCGAGGAUGAGAGCGACAUCGAUAAGUGCUGAAGGGGAAGGAUUGGGUAGUCGAGAUGAGAGUGCUUUCUACCAAGCGGAAACCCAGAUGAUGGUGAGAGAGAAUCAGAUGCUCCGGCAAAGGAUACGGGAGUUAGAACGUCAAGUCACUGAGCUGCAUGCAAAUGCGUCUAUUACACACGAACCAGCCACACCCUCGCACUUAUUACGCUCAGAAUCGGUAUCUGAAGCUGCUGCGGCUGAACAAAAGGACGACUGA